AUGUUUAGUUUUUACCGCGUUUACCAAACUACAAAAGUCGAAUCUUCUUCAAAAUGAAUAAAAGAAAAGAUAUCUCCUAUCAGCAUGCAGCCAAACGAAUGAAGACCGAAAAUUUCGUUCGCUCCCAACUGCCUUCUUUGGACCCAGCAAAGGACACUUUGAUAUUCCAAGAACUGGAACUGGAUCACUAUAUUGGCAGUGUUCAUCCUGGAAUGCCUGGCCCUCAAAAUGGUAUGGUACCAAUUAUCAGAAUGUUUGGUGUGACCAAAUCUGGUAAUAGUGUUUGUUGCCAUGUCCAUGGCUUUUCUCCUUACUUUUAUGUGAAUUUACCAGAUGUAUUCACUGCUGAUGAUCUAGUUCCAUUCAAGAAUAAACUCAAUGAUGCUGUGCUGGCAGAUCAGAGAAGUUCAAAUAAAAAUGAUGUGUAUGAAGCAGUUUUGAUGGUAGAAAUAGUAAAAGGCAAAUCUUUGGUAGAAUACACUGGAAGUGAAGAUGACAAUUUUGCCAAAAUAACACUAACCCUCCCAAAAUUUGUACCUGCUGCUAAAAGACUUCUCACUACAACCAUAGUUUAUCAAAAGUUGGCUUCUCAUACUUUUUUCGUUUUUGAAUCCAAUGUUGACAUAGAAACAAGGUUCACAGUAGACACUCAUAUCUUGGGAUGCUGUUGGAUUGAACUGCCUCCUGGAAAGUGGUUUAGGAGGUCUCAAAAUUCUGAUUUCAGAGUUACCAGUAGGUGCCAGUUGGAAGUUGAUGUUUCAUGGGUAGAUUUUGUGGUACAUGCACCAGAAGGGGAAUGGGCCCCAGUGGCUCAGUUCAGAAUUCUUAGCUUUGAUAUCGAAUGUGCUGGUAGAAAAGGUAUAUUUCCUGAGCCAAAUGUUGAUCCAAUCAUCCAAAUUGCAAAUGUUGUAAAACUACAUGGUGAAAAAGACGUACUUUUCCGUAACAUUUUCACUCUGAAUUCAUGUGCUCCUAUUGGACAUGCUGAGGUGUACAGUUUUGCCACAGAGGGAGAGAUGUUGGAAGAGUGGUCUAACUUUGUAAGGGCACUUGAUCCAGAUAUUUUCACAGGUUACAACAUCAACAAUUUUGAUUUCCCGUACUUGAUAGACAGAGCUAAGCAUUUGAAAUUGAAACAGUUCCCUUACUUGGGCAGACUUCGAGAAGUGGUUUCUGUGGUGAAAGAAACGGUGACUCAAACUAAAAUCGGUCGAAGAUCAUUCAAGUACGUUAAUUUUGAAGGCAGAGUUCCUUAUGACAUGCUUGUGGUGAUGAAACGUGAUUUCAAGUUGAGGUCUUACACUUUGAAUAGCGUUUGCCAGGAAAUUUUGGGUGAACAGAAAGAAGAUGUGCAUUACAGUAUUAUUACUGAUUUGCAAAAUGGUGAUGAACAGACUAGAAGAAGAUUGGCUGUUUAUUGUCUGAAAGAUGCAGAAUUGCCAUUGAGGCUGUUGAAUACAGUUCUCAGUUUUACCAAUGAUAUUGAAAUGGCUAGAGUCACAGGUGUUCCAAUUACUAGUUUAUUGACCAAGGGUGAACAGGUCAAAGUAGUAGCACAACUACUGAGACAUGCAAAGAAAGCUGGAUAUUUCAUGCCAGCUCAUCAUGGGGCACCAGGUAAUGAUCAAUAUGAAGGGGCAACUGUGAUUGAACCGAUCAGAGGUUAUUAUACUGAACCGAUAGCCACUUUGGAUUUCAGUUCCCUGUAUCCAAGUAUCAUGAUUGCACAUAAUUUGUGCUAUACGACACUGUUGAAGGGUCCAGAGAAAGAAAAAUUAGGGUUGACUGACGAUCAAGUGACCGUCACCCCGGCCAACUGCAUGUUCGUGAAGUCCUCGGUGCGCCCCGGCCUGCUGCCCCACAUCCUGCAACACCUGUUGGCGGCCAGGAAGAAGACAAAAGCCCUGCUGAAGGACGAAACCGACCCCGUGGUGCGGACGGUGUUGAACGGCAGACAGCUGGCCUACAAGAUAUCGGCCAAUUCCGUGUACGGGUUCACCGGGGCGCAAGUGGGGAAGUUGCCCUGUUUGGAGAUUUCCGGGAGUGUGACGGCUUAUGGUAGAACUAUGAUAGAACAGUCCAAGCAAGAAGUCGAACAACACUACCGAAUUGAAAACGGUUAUGAAGCAGACGCUAAAGUAAUAUACGGUGACACGGACUCCAUAAUGGUGAACUUCAAGAACGAUUCUUUAGCGAAGUGCAUGGACUUAGGUCGGGAAGCUGCUACCCUUGUCAGCGAAAAAUUCAUCAGUCCGAUCAAACUGGAAUUCGAAAAGGUUUACUAUCCCUACUUAUUGAUCAACAAAAAAAGAUACGCAGGGCUGUAUUGGACUAACACGGAGAAGUACGACAAAAUGGACUGUAAGGGUAUCGAAACGGUACGACGUGACAAUUGUACCCUUGUAGUUGAUGUUAUCAAUACUUGUCUUCAAAAAUUACUGAUAGGAAAAGACCCAAAUGGCGCGGUGGAGUAUUCCAAAAGAGUCAUUUCGGAUUUGCUACAAAACAACGUGGACAUUUCACAACUGGUGAUAACCAAGGAACUGACCAAGUCCGACUAUACCGCGAAGCAAGCUCACGUGGAACUGGCUAAAAAAAUUACGAAGAGAGAUCCAGGAAACGCGCCCAAACUCGGAGAUCGUAUACCGUACGUUAUCGUUGCUGGUACCAAGAAUGCGAAAGCUUUUGAGAAGGCGGAGGAUCCUAUUUACGUUUUGGAAAACAACAUUCCUAUCGAUUCGAAAUAUUACCUAGAAAAUCAGCUGUCAAAACCUUUGCUGAGGAUUCUGCAGCCUAUACUAGGAGACAAUGCCGAAUCGGUACUGCUACGUGGCGAACACACUCGCACGAAGACCGUGGUGACGUCGAAGGUGGGCGCGCUGGCCGCCUUCACGCAGAAAAAGGAGGUGUGCAUCGGGUGCAAAGCGGUGCUGCCCAAGGGCUACGAGGGGGAGGCGGUGUGCGCCUAUUGCAAGCCCAAAGAGUCGGCCCUCUACCAGCAGGAGUUGUGCCAUCGGCAGAUGCUCGAAGACAGGUUUGCUUCUUUGUAUACAGAGUGUCAGAGGUGUCAGGGUUCACUGUUUGAGGAGAUUCUGUGCACGAGUAGGGACUGUCCUAUUUUUUAUAUAAGGAAGAAGGUACAGAUGGAAUUGGAGUCGUCCAAGUCGAAAGUUGCAAGGUUUGGUGAUCCCAUCGCUGAAUUAUAUUGA